AUGGACAGACACCCAGAGAUAGGGGGCUCUUCGUCGAGGUCGAGGGGUGCGUUGCUUGCCUCGGCUUCUGCAUCUACCUCAACGCCUGCUACUGCAUCUUCGUCCAGACCACUGAGCCCUCCACAAUCCCAGGCCGAGACAUGGAGGAGUACAUUGGACGGCAUUGAAGACGACAACAAAGAAAACGACUUCGCCUACGAGGGAUUUCAUACAACAACUGCCAGUAGCUUUUCCAGGGGCCCGCACAGCAGACGAUCGAGUAUAUUGAGAGAAUUGGGGAACUCGACUCAGCGAAGACGAUCUCAGCAUACCUCCCGUGUACCCGUGACAUCCAUAUUUCAGUCGCAGCCAGACUCGCCUCCAUGGUCUGCAUCAUUUGGCCGGCCCAAAGUUAGCGUUGAGGACCAGGACCAGGCUCAGGCUCAGGACACUCAAACCCACGAACUAGAGCUGGAUCUCGACUGGGAAGAGAAGAUGCAUCUGCAUUCCACGAGGAAAGCGUCGAUAUCGUCGCAGAAAAGUAAUCCUUUCACAAGCCUUGACCGAAUAAAAAGACCAAAAGAGCGGAAUCGAGACGGCCGUCGUGAUGCAUCUCAAUACAUCGAGCAUCUUGAGAACCAGCUUGCGGCCACGCUCCAGUAUGCUGAGUUGGCCGAUGCAAAGACACAUGCUGCUCGAUACAAGGCAUUAAAGACCGAGUACAGGAUCCUAAGGCAGGAACUUACUGAAUGGGAGGAGAAGUUUGAAGCUCGAGUACAGGACGAAGAGGCGGUGGUCGCAGAACGAGAAGCUCAAUUGAAGAUACGCAUACGAGUACUGGAACGUGAAGUAGAAGUCAAAGACAACAAGAUCAGAGAGCUCGAAUGGGAGGUUGAGAAAGAAGCACAGAACCGACGGACGCUAGAAGCUGUUACUGCUACGAACCGCAGUCUGGAGCGCCGAGUUGAUGUGCUGACUGAAUUGCUUGCUCAGUCGCCUGGCAGAGUAGAACUGCCCGCUCCCCCACCAGCUUCAGCAGUAGACGGUGCUUCCUCGAUACACGGCGGUGAUGGUAGUAUGUGCCGUACACCUAGGCCCAAGUCGAUGUUCACCAAGAUACCCUUGUCACCGGUUCGACAGCCUCUUUUCCAUCCCACCAGCGAGCCGGACGCUUCGUUUUCUGACCCAUGCAAAAGGGGUUCGGGAGAUGAAGAUUCUCGUGUCUUUGAGCUAGCAUCUGUUGACUCGGGCUUCGAUUCCUGUCCGUCACAUUCCCAACGAACCUCCCUUCUAUCAAGCCAGUCUGGCCCUGGGUCAGCAACAUCGCUCCCGUUAUCACCAGAACUCCAAUUACAGGGGAAACUCCAGUAUCGAAAGAGAAAGAUGCGCCGUUUCCCUUCUGGUUGCUGUACGUUGAAACCGCUUGUCUUACCAACUGCAUCCGCCGCCCUUUCGCCGUACGCUCCACCUGUAAACCCAUCGGCGUCGCCUGGCUCUAUACAACAGCAACGUCUGGCACGGUAUUUCUCGACGCUACGAUAUUCAAAGGCUGGAUCAGGUUAUGGCGAGUCGUUAUAUGAUGACGAGACAGAUGGAGACGAUGCUGACACUGAUGCAGCGAGGACAGAUGCACUUGACUCGCUGGAGGGUAAUGUAACGCAUUAUCAGUCCUUUGAAGAAGCAAUGGCUGGUCACGACUUAUCAUUUGACGACACGGAAGAGUUUGGAUAUAGUCCGUUUGCCGCAAGUAAAAGCCGCUCGCCAGGAAGCGAAGCAAUAAGCUAUGAAGGAGGAGGUACAGUCAGACGACGCCGCAACCGCAGUCGCCAGAUAUCGACUCUACGCAUCGGUAUGAGUCCCAUUAACCGCAUAAUUUCAGCCAGGCAGCACCAUGCUUCUCUAUCGUGGCUUGAAAAGUUACACCUAUACGUCCCACAGCUACUAUCUAACGCACGAACACUGGCCUGCCGCAUCUUGUCCAACGCAUGGCAUUCCAACUGGCGCCGUCUAGGUGGUAUAUCCUGGUGGUUCCUCGGUCUGUUACUUGGUACACAUACACGGAACCAAUGGGUCAGGUAUUCUAUGGUUCGAAGUGCAAGGUGUCUGGGACGCAGCGAGGAAGUCCGGACGGAGGAGGAUCAGGAACCAUCAACCCCCGUCAGUGUCAACCAUCGACCGGGUACUGCAACAUCACUUCCUUCCGGGUAUACGCCGGCCAUGCAGGAAUGGCUCAAGUUCUCUGUCACUCUCGUGUUGGCGAUAGGUCUUGCUAUUCGUGACGGGCCAAGCACACUAACAUGUGCUUGUCCACCACUAGAAAGUGAUAUCAGAUCUAACCCCGACGCCGACACAAUGACAGAAUCCGAGGUCUGUCAAUCAUCACCCAAAUACCAACCUAUACGCACCAGCCUCUCAGUUCUCAGCCCAAGUGCUCUCCCCAGAGAUGAUGAAGCAUUUGACAACGGCCUUGACUGA